AUGUUGUUAAAGUUCGCAAAUUCCGACUUUUUCCAAAGUCCCUUGAUCGACGUUGACACCGGGGAUUUAAUGUACAACAUCGUGACUGUGCAUCACACGGAAGAUCAAGACAAGCUUGUGGUCCUCCUGAAAAAUCCGCAGGGAAAAGCAAUCUCGAAAAUAGUCUGGGUGAAACCCAAUCCCUCGAUGCUAUUCAACUUUCAAAGGUUGUAUAACGUAUCUGCAGUCAUCGACCAGGACGACGUUCAAGACAUGGAAUCGGCGGUCGAAGACGGUGUGAUUCGUAUCCCUACUCGAUUUGACACUGAGUACUUUUGGAUAGUUGGGGCGGACUCUCUGACGCUCUACGAUGUCGAUUCGGAUACGACGAAGGGACGAUUUUAUUUCAACUGCUCCUACCAUCCAGAUGCCCCCAAGAAGUUUGUCCCUGCAAUAGGACCGUUGGGGCACCAUUAUCUGGAUUUUCCAUCCCAUGAUCUCGCCCAUGACACGGAGAUAAUCUUGACUUUUCUGCUCCUUGAAGUCUACCGUAGAGGGAUUUUCAGCCUCCCAUGGCCGAUAUUCAUCUUCAAGAACAAAGAGAGCAUCAAUCUAAAGAAGAAAAUAGAUGCUUGGAGGGCUCGUAACAAAUGGCGCUGCUCAUGA